AUGAUGUUUUUCAUAAGUUUAAUCUGUUUUAUACUCUUACCUUCGAUAAAUCCUCAACUUCAAAUCAAUCUUCAUUUAACCGAUUGGACAAAUUAUAAUGAAAUAAAUGUUGAUCUGCAACAUGAUUGUCUACAUGUUCCUACUCAUUUAGUUGAAGAUAAAAUUGAAUAUCAUCAAGUCAUUUCGUAUUGUAUGGGCGAAUGGCCUUCAGAAUGGAACAUAGAAGAAAAUAGUUUUCAUCAAAAGUAUAGUUUUUCUCAACUUAAAAUACUUAAUAUUACUAGUCAACAAUUAUAUCUUUGGUCAGCUCCUAUGGAUAUUGUUGAAGAAUAUGAAUCCUAUUUAAAUCAAAGUUUAUUUUCAAAUCAAUCAUCACCGAUAAUGGCAACAAAGUUAUUCUACAAUUGUACACAACCAAGAUUUGGGCCUGUAUGUCAAUAUUCAUUAGAUAUUUCAACUUCUUCUUUUCCUUCAUCACUGAAAGAAAUUAUUCAUGAUUUUUAUCUGCAAGCAUAUAAACCAAUAACAUGGACAUGUUAUACUCAUUUAGAAUGUAAUCGUGGUACAAGUACAGCUUGUCUUGAUUGGGCUGAAAUUUGUGAUGAUCAUAUCGAUUGUCUCAAUGACGGAAUUGAUGAAAAACAUUGCUGGGAACUUGAAAUCAAUGAAUGUGAAGAAAAUGAAUAUCGAUGCAAAAAUGGACAAUGUAUAUCGAAGAUAUUUUAUCAUGAAGGUCCAAACUCUUUGGAUUGUAUUGAUACAACUGAUGAAGGCGACCAAGGGCGCGAAGAUAUUCGUCAUCUUUCACAAGAACCAAUAUUUAGAUUCGAAGAUGUUACAUGCGACAAUAAUGUCCACAGUUUGAGUCCAAAUAUCCGUUUUACAACUUCAUGUGUACAUGGUCGACAUGAUCUUAUUUUAGAAGACAUGUUUUUGAACAAACCAAAUUCAACAUCUGACGAAUGUUGGCUUGCAUUCAGAUGUCAAUUUAAUAUUCCUCGUUAUGCAUAUCCAUUAUGUGGCAAUAUGUGCAGUAAGAAUGGAAUAUGUCAAGAAAUUAUCAAUAAAACGUGUCCUGAUAUAUUUUUUAUUCCAAAUGCUCCAUUAUUCUUUGGACAUAUUUAUUUCGCUUACACAAAAAAAAAAUGCAGUGCAGGCACGUAG